AUGCCCAACCGAUUGAUUAACGAAACCAGCCCUUACCUGCUCCAACAUGCUAAUAACCCCGUGGAGUGGCAUGCCUGGAAUGAGGAGGCGCUGGCGAGAUCCAGGGAUGAGGACAAACCUAUUCUACUAAGCAUCGGGUAUUCCGCCUGCCACUGGUGCCAUGUGAUGGAGCGGGAGUCCUUUGAGGACGAAUCCAUCGCCAGCUUGAUGAAUGCAAACUUCGUCAACAUUAAGGUGGACCGGGAGGAGCGGCCUGACCUGGACGCCGUUUACAUGGAAGCUGUCCAGAUGCUGACGGGCAGUGGCGGCUGGCCCAUGACCGUUUUCCUCACGCCGGAGUGCAAGCCCUUCUACGGAGGCACCUAUUUUCCGCCAACCGACCGGAUGAAUAUGCCUGGCUUUCCACGGGUCUUGCUAGCAGUUACCGAAGCCUACCGCACAAACCGGAGCGAGGUGGAGCGUGUAACCGGCCAACUGACCGAGCAGAUGGGGCGGUCGGGUCAAUUGCCACAAGGCAACAAUCUCCUUUCUGUGGAUGUUCUUCACGAGGCGUAUUCGCGUCUGGCAGCGAACUUUGAUUACCAGAAUGGCGGCUUUGGGGCUGCCCCAAAGUUUCCGCAGCCCAUGACUCCAGAAUUUCUCCUUCGCUACUACAGCCACGGCUACAAUCCCCGAGCCCUGGAUAUGGUGGAGCUCACGCUACAGAAAAUGGCAUACGGGGGCAUGUACGACCAAUUGGGCGGCGGAUUUCACCGCUACUCAACCGAUGCCUUUUGGCUGGUGCCCCACUUCGAGAAAAUGCUUUACGACAAUGCGCUACUGGCCCGACUCUAUCUUCAUGCCUAUCAGUUAACGAACAAGGAACUUUAUCGCCGGAUAACUGAGGAGACCCUGGACUAUGUUCUCAGGGAGAUGACGGACUCGCUGGGGGGGUUCUACUCUGCUCAGGACGCCGACAGCGAAGGAGUUGAGGGAAAGUUCUUUGUCUGGACACCUGAUGAAAUACGGGCAAUUCUGGGAGACGCCGACGGGAAUCUGUUUGGAGGGUUUUACGGGGUUACCGACGCCGGUAAUUUCGAGGGUUCAAAUAUAUUGAACGUGCCGCAGGAUCCCCAGGCUUUUGCGUUGGACCACGGGAUUAGCGAGGGGUAUCUGAACUCCAUAGUCGCCCGGGGUAAAGUGCACUUGUUGACUGAAAGGGAGGAACGGAUUCACCCCUUCAGAGAUGACAAGGUAAUUUCCUCGUGGAACGGAUUGAUGCUCAGGGCUUUCGCCGAGGCCGGAGUGACCCUAAAGCGGCCUGAUUACCUGGCCGCCGCCUCGGCCAAUGCUAAUUUCCUACACAAUGAGAUGUUCAAAGAUGGUCGACUGCUGCGCACCUACCGUGAUGGUCAGGCCAAGUUGCAGGGUUUCCUUGAAGACUAUUCUUGUGUGGCCGACGGUUAUCUAGCUCUUUAUGAGGCCACUUUCGAGCGAGUUUGGCUGGACCGGGCCGUUAUGCUGGCCGACACCAUGAUCGAACUCUUUUGGGACGAUGGAGUUGGAGGGUUUUUCGACACAGGCACAGAGCACGAGUCGCUGGUAACGAGGCCCAGGGAUGUUUUCGACAAUGCUCAGCCAUGCGGCGGUUCCGUUGCGGCGGAGGUAUUGCUCCGCUUGGCCAUACUUACCGGGAACGAAGACUACAACCUCAAGGGCUCCCAGCCCUUAAGGCCGAUCAGUAGGGUGAUGUCUCAGGCCCCGGGUGGAGCGGCGUACUGGCUUGGGGUAUUGGAUUUCUACGUGUCGAUCCCCAAGGAAAUAGCCGUGAUAGGGCCGGCAGGCGAUCCUGAUACCGAGGCGCUGAGGGAUGAGGUGUUUGGACGCUAUCUACCAAACAAGGUCGUGGUAGGGCUGGACCCUGCACAGUCCCCUUACAGUGAUACAGAUAGGUCACCCACUGAUGGGAUACCCUUGUUGGAGGGGCGAGAAAAACUGAACGGCGGGCCCAUUGCGUAUGUGUGCCAGAACUAUGUGUGCCAAUUACCCGUAACCGAUGCCGAAUCGCUGGCGAAACAACUGGAAGAUUAA